AUGAUGUUAAGAGGAAACCUGAAGCAAGUACGCAUUGAGAAAAACCCGGCCCGCCUUCGAGCUCUUGAGUCCGCGGCAGGCGAGAGCGAGCCGGCGGCCACCAUGGCCCUAGCGCUGGCGGGGGAGCCGGCGCCACCUGCCCCCGUGCCCCCGGAGGACCACCCCGAUGAAGAGAUGGGAUUCACCAUUGACAUCAAGAGCUUCCUCAAGCCGGGCGAAAAGACGUACACGCAACGCUGUCGCCUCUUCGUGGGGAACCUGCCCACAGACAUCACGGAGGAGGACUUCAAGAGGCUCUUCGAGCGCUACGGCGACCCCAGCGAGGUCUUCAUCAAUCGGGACCGUGGCUUUGGCUUCAUCCGUUUGGAAUCCAGAACACUGGCUGAAAUUGCAAAAGCAGAGCUGGAUGGCACCAUUUUGAAGAGCAGACCUCUCCAAAUUCGUUUUGCUACACAUGGAGCAGCCCUAACUGUCAAGAACCUUUCACCGGUUGUUUCCAGUGAGCUGCUAGAGCAAGCAUUUUCCCAGUUUGGUCCUUUAGAGAAAGCCGUUGUGGCUGUGGAUGAUCAUGGUAGAGCUACAGGAAAAGGUUUUGUAGAAUUUGCGGCAAAACCUCCUGCACGAAAGGCUCUGGAAAGAUGUGGUGAUGGGGCAUUCUUGCUAACAACGACCCCUCGUCCAGUCAUUGUGGAGCCUAUGGAGCAGUUUGAUGAUGAAGAUGGCUUGCCGGAGAAACUAAUGCAGAAAACCCAACAAUAUCAUAAGGAAAGAGAACAGCCGCCACGUUUUGCUCAGCCUGGGACCUUUGAAUUUGAGUAUGCAUCUCGAUGGAAGGCUCUUGACGAAAUGGAAAAGCAGCAGCGUGAGCAGGUUGAUAGAAACAUCAAAGAAGCCAAAGAGAAACUGGAAGCAGAAAUGGAAGCAGCUAGGCAUGAACACCAAUUAAUGUUAAUGAGGCAAGAUCUCAUGAGGCAUCAAGAAGAACUCAGACGCUUGGAAGAACUCAGAAACCAAGAAUUACAAAAACGGAAGCAAAUACAACUGAGACAUGAGGAAGAGCAUUGACGCCGUGAGGAAGAAAUGAUCCGACACAGAGAACAGGAGGAACUGAGGCGACAGCAAGAGGGCUUUAAGCCAAACUAUAUGGAAAAUAGAGAACAGGAAAUGAGAAUGGGUGAUAUGGGUCCCCGUGGAGCAAUAAACACGGGAGAUGCAUUUAGCCCAGCACCCGCUGGUAACCAAGGUCCUCCUCCAAUGAUGGGUAUGGAUAUGAACAACAGAGGAACUAUACCUGGCCCACCAAUGGGCCCUGGUCCUGCCAGGGGACCAGAAGGAGCUGCAAAUAUGGGAACUCCAAUGAUGCCAGAUAAUGGAGCAGUGCACAAUGAUAGAUUUCCUCAAGGACCAUCAUCUCAGAUGGGAUCACCUAUGGGGAGUAGAACAGGUUCUGACACCCCUCAAGCACCAAUGAGUGGUGUAGGUCCUGUUAGUGGUGGUCCUGGUGGUUUUGGUAGAGGAAGCCAAGGGGGCAACUUUGAAGGCCCUAAUAAGCAUCGUAGAUAUUAA